AUGUCUCUCCGAUCUUCCUCAAGCCGCAUCUUGGCGCGUGCCACUACCACCACCACUCCUCCUCGAGUCCCUGCCGCUCUUGCCACUGCACGAUGCCUUAGCACCAUUUUUGCUAGCACCAUUUCUGCUAGCACCAUUUCUGCUAGCACCGGUUCCAAGACCUGCAACUCGAUCGCUCACAAGCCUUCCACCCAGCAACUUGUCUCCGCCAUCCGUACCUUCUCCACCUCUUCCCGCACCAACGCCGAGUUCGAAUCCCCCUUCGGCGUCAACUCUCUUGCCAAAUUCACUGAAGAAGAAGAGAUGCUUCGAGAAGCAGUCCAGCGUUUUGCACAAGACAACGUUGCUCCCAAAGUGAAAGCUAUGGACGAAGCCGAAAAGAUGGACCCGGAAAUCAUCAAAGGACUCUUCGAACAGGGUCUAAUGGGUAUCGAAACUUCCGCCGAUCACGGUGGUGCUGGAUGCUCUUUCACCGCUGCUAUCAUUGUCAUUGAAGAGCUUGCCAAGGUCGAUCCUUCCGUUUCGGUCUUGUGCGAUGUUCACAAUACUUUGGUCAACACGGUGAUUCGCAAAUACGCAUCUAAGUACAUCCAAGACAAGUACUUACCGGCGCUUUCCGAGAAGACGUUGGGUUCCUUCUGUCUGUCUGAACCAGCUUCAGGGUCGGAUGCAUUUGCCAUGAAAACGUCAUGCAAGAAAUCGGCCGAUGGAAAAUCUUGGACGAUCAACGGAAGCAAGAUGUGGAUUACCAACUCUGCCGAAGCUGAGUUCUUCAUCGUCUUUGCCCAAUCUGAUCGCUCCCAAGGAUACAAAGGCAUUAACGCUUUUGCCGUCGAAAAAUCCAUGGGCGUCGAAAUCGCUAAAAAGGAAAAGAAACUUGGCAUCAAAGCUUCUUCAACCUGCACGCUCAACUUUGACGACAUCAUCGUCCCCGCCGAAAACCUCAUCGGUGAGGAAGGAAAAGGUUACAAGAUCGCUAUUGAAAUCCUCAAUGAAGGACGAGUAGGAAUUGCAGCCCAAAUGAUCGGUCUUGCCCAAGGAGCGGUGGAUAAAGCGAUCCGUUAUGCAGCUGAUAGGAAGCAGUUUGGAAAGAAAAUCACCCAGUUCCAGGGAAUGCAGUUCCAAAUCUCUCAGAUCAUGAUGGAAAUCCAAGCGGCAAAAGCUCUCACCUAUAAUGCGGCUAGGUUGAAGGAAGAAGGAAGAGCUUUUACAAAGGAAGCUGCUAUGGCCAAACUUUAUGCCUCUCAGGUCGCUCAGAGAGCUAGCGGUAGCGCAAUCGAAUGGUGCGGCGGUGUAGGCUUCACCAGAGAAACGGGCAUCGAGAAAUACUGGAGAGAUAGUAAGAUCGGUGCAAUCUACGAAGGUACGAGCAACAUUAUGCUAGAGACCAUCUUUAAGUUGGUUGAACGUGAGAUGGAUCUCAAGUGA